CAGACUGGAUGGACAGCGUCCAUGGCAUCUGUUCUACCUCGGCUUGUUUACGAAGUCCCAAAAUAAAAAUCGCCCACCAAAAAUGUUACUGGUUGUAAAUUACGGAAACAGCCCUUUCCUGCUCUAAUUUACACCCGAUGGCCACCGCUCACUUGAACCUCCAUGCACUCAACAAAUCGCGCCCCAUUUUCAUCCCCCAAACGCAACGUUGUGGAAACAAACACCAAUUCCCUACCACAUUUCUCAGUAACAAACCGCGGCAGUUGUUCAAAAUUUCAAAUUCAGCAUUUGUGGACCGACUAUCAAACAGAAACAUAGACGAAGACAAGAACGUUAAAAAAUUCUUAGAGUUUCUCAAGAAUUGGUGGAACUUAACUGAUGCUGAGCAAGUCGAAAGCGUAACCUCGAAACCAAUUACUGUGCGGAUUGCGCUUUGCAGAAUGUGGACUUUGAUUGGACACGAACAGUGGCUUCUCUAUAUUGCAGUCGCUGCCUUAAUUGUUGCAGCGGUUUCAGAAAUCUCAAUGCCAAGUUUAUUGGCAGCGUCUGUAUUUUCUGCUCAGAGAGGGGAGACCAUGGUGUUCUUGAGGAGCUCGAGAUUCUUGCUUAUGUUGUGUGUCACUUCGGGGAUAUGCAGUGGCUUACGAAGUGGCUGUUUUGGUAUUGCAAAUAUGAUCCUGGUGAAGCGUCUUAGGGAAUCUCUGUAUUCAGCACUUGUUUUUCAGGAUAUAAUCUUUUUCGAGACAGAAGCAGUUGGUGUUCUGACAAGUAGACUUGGAGCAGAUUGUCAGCAGCUGUCCAACGUGAUUGGAAAUGAUGUUAAUUUGAUAUUGCGCAACUCUCUUCAGGGGAUUGGUGCAUUUAUUAACUUGCUGGUUUUGUCUUGGCCUCUCGCAUUAUCAGCAUUGGUGAUAUGCUCUGUUCUGUCUGCAGUCUUUUUGGUUUAUGGCCAGUACCAAAAGAAAGCUGCAAAGUUAACUCAAGAGUUCAACGCACAUGCCAACGAGGUUGCACAAGAAACACUUUCUAUGAUGAGAACUGUUCGGGUUUUUGGAACAGAACAUAAAGAACUUGGCAGGUUCAAACAAUGGCUGGACAAGCUUGCUUCUAUUGGAAUUUAUGAAAGCAUGGCUAAUGGAUUGUGGAAUAUGAGUUUUAUGACUCUUUAUCGUUCAACACAGGUUAUUGCGGUGCUUUUAGGAGGAAUGUCUAUCUUGACUGGUCAUGUAUCUUCUGAGCAGCUCCUUACAUAUGUAUUGUACUGCGAGUGGUUGAUUUAUGCAACCUGGAGGGUGGUGGACAAUUUAUCCUCACUACUGCGAUCAAUUGGAGCAAGUGAAAAGGUCUUCCAGUUAAUGGAUCUUCUGCCCAGCAAUCAAUUUUUAUCAAAAGGAGUAAAGUUGCAGAGGCUGAUGGGGCAUAUACAAUUUGUGAAUGUAUCAUUCCAUUAUCCUUCAAGGGCAACAGUGCCCGUUCUAGAUCAUGCAUGCCUCACUGUAGAAGCAAAUGAAGUGGUUGCAAUCGUUGGUCUAAGUGGCAGUGGAAAAAGCACAUUUGUUAAUCUUUUACUACGUCUCUAUGAGCCAAUUAGUGGUCAGAUACUUAUUGAUGGCUUCCCACUAAAGGAGCUGGACGUCAGGUGGUUGAGAGAAAAGAUCGGAUUUGUUGGACAGGAACCCCAUCUGUUUCAUAUGGAUAUCAAGUCAAAUGUUAUGUAUGGUUGCCCAAGAGAUCUUAAGCAGGAAGACGUAGAAUGGGCUGCAAAGCAGGCUUAUGCUCAUGAAUUCAUCUUAUCUCUUCCUCAUGGUUAUGAAACCCUUGUUGAUGAUGAUUUACUUAGUGGAGGGCAGAAGCAGCAAAUUGCUAUUGCCAGAGCCAUACUUAGAGAUCCUGCUAUUCUAAUUCUCGAUGAAGCUACCAGUGCUCUGGAUUCUGAAAGCGAACACUAUGUCAGGGGGGUUCUACAUUCGCUCAGAAAUGACAAUGAAACAAAAAGAACCAUUAUUAUCAUUGCACAUAGGCUCUCUACCAUAAAAGAUGUUGACAGAAUUGUUGUAAUUGACGGUGGCCAGAUUGUUGAGAUAGGCAACCAUCACGAGCUCCUUCACAAGAAUGGAUUGUAUGCGCGGUUAGUGAAAGCUCAAACAGAAUCCUGGGAUUGAAUUAUGAAUUUAAUCCCAUCAACACAGCCGUGCUUGAAGACCACUAUGGGUUUACAGUGCCACCCCUGAGGUUUGGCACGAAACGCUUUUUCCUUUGACUUUAGGAAACUAACGCUGUCAUCUCAAAUAGUGUUUCUUGUCAGUUAAAUAUAACGAAAUGUUGAAGGUGCUAUCAACCAUCUCAGUGCAGUUAGAUGUUUGUCAAAUCUCCUCACUAAUUAGUGGCCAAUCAUCAUUCCAAAGCUAUACCUACCUCUAAUGGGAUAUCUCGUUAUAAGCUUGCUGCUUGAGCUAGAGGAUGUUUUCAAGGGCAUUUCUCUAGAUAAAUAUGUAAUUUGGAUAAUUUGAAGUACAUUGAUGUAUUGAUUUAUUAACAUAAUUUGUGUACAACAAAUGGCCGAUCGUAACAACUUUUCCUAAAAGAAGAUCCACAGUUCCCAUUGAUCUAACGUUGUCACCACUUAGAGGAUGCAUCCCAAGACUAUCUCCAUCUAUCGGACCUUCUUGCCAUACAUGGUUCACCGUCAUCAUGUUCUUUGGAAGCACGAUGGUUGCGUAAAUAAUCAUCUCAUUAUCAGCAAACUCUGCUUAAAUCUUUUGAACCUCAAAAGUCAAGACCAGUCAAAGAACCCUCUUCCAAUUGCACUGUAACUUGUGAUGAGAGAAGUAUAAGCAUGCAAGAUUCCUUUAGGGUUUGUAUCGGCUACAAGAGCCUGUGAACCGAUCAUGCCUUCUCCAGUUGGGUUUAUGGCCCAAGCAACCCAUCUCUCUGGGUCAGUUCCUCAACGUACGACAAGCUAAGUCGAGAGUGUUGGUAUCCUGGUUGUAGUUCCAGUGAAGAUGAUAGUUGAAAGCCUCAAGGUCCUUGCAUGCACGAUAAGUGUUGUGAUUAUUGGAGAAAGUGUAGGUGUUGCAUGUUUGAGCGGAAGCGGGUGAGAUCAACGAAGAAAAAGUAGACUCAAUGAGAACAAAGCGAUGCAAAAGUAAGCAGCCAUAUUGUUUGAGAAGAGAGAAAAAGAAAACAGGGAAUAAAAUCGGAGGAAGAAAACAAGAAUGGAAACCUAAAUUAAGUUUUUAAAUGGUGAGAAUCACAGGAAUAGAGAAUUUUAUCAGCCUCUCGCCCCUCUCCAAACUUUCGAAGUUGAACCGUGAAUAAUGGAGACUGAAAGACAAGGGAUCAGUGCUUGGUAAGAUGGGUCGACAACCUUCUUUAACAUACUGUUUCAUCACAGCGUCCACCAGAUCGGUGACGUGCUUUCCAACGGCAUCACCACCCUUACGGCAACGAAAUCACCCUGUAUCAUAACGUUGAACAGCAACUUCUUCAACCUAGGCCUCUCCGCCACCGCAGCCAUUGAUCUUUCCGGUGAAGUUAACAUGAUAACUUUAGAUAAAUUUAUGUGUAAGUGUAAAGGUUUUCUGGACCGAAAGAUUGAGAAUGUGAAAAGGAAAGUGUGUAGAGGUUGAUUUACGUGAGGUUUAAGUAUUUCUAGGUUUUCAUAGGCUGCAUGGAUUCUAGGAGCUUAUGUUGGGUAGGCUUUUUAAUUACAAUAAAACAGAGAUAGGUUCCUAAUUAAGUUUAAUUUAAGUACAAAUAAUUAUACAUGAUGACAUUCUCUCUUAACAAUAAAUUAUCAAAAGAAAAAAGGAAAUUAAGGAAACAAACGACAUUAUUGGGUGCGUGAGGAUCAAAGAUGCUCAAGGGCUUCGCUAGAGAAAUCUCCAGGCUGAGGAACUUGUUGAUGAGGAAGACCUUUCACAAUUCCUUGCUCAACUUCUUUUAUUACCGAUUUACUUGUAGCAUUAAUGUCAUUCCUCUCUCUCUUCUCUCCUGCACUACUAGCUGCCUCAUCCACCACGCCUUUAACUUCCUUUGCUACUUUCUUAUCGUUCUCGGAGGAGUUUUUGGCUUCUUCUCUGUUGUUCCAGC